GCGAGAUAGAUGGCUCAUGAUCCCAUUGUUGAUGCAGGGCUGGCUGCUAGCGUCUCCAAUCAGUGUUCGUGAGCGCCCCUGUCCUCAAAGCUGUAGAUGUGAUGGGAAAAUAGUAUACUGUGAAUCCAAUGCCUUUCGGGAUGUGCCAAACAAUGUGUCUGUGGGAUGCCAGGGCCUCUCUUUGCGCUACAACAGCUUAGUGAAUCUCAGCGCUAGUCAGUUCUCAGGCCUCAGUCAGCUUGUUUGGCUUUAUCUCGACCACAACUACAUUAACUCAGUGGACAGCCAAGCCUUUCAUGGGGUACGGAGGCUGAAAGAGUUGAUCCUCAGCUCUAACAAGAUCACACAGCUACAAAACAACACUUUCCAUACUGUCCCUAACUUACGCAAUCUUGACCUCUCUUACAACAAGCUGCAAGCCCUCCAGCCCAGUCAAUUUCUGGGCUUGCGGAAGUUGCUUAGUCUCCACUUGCGGUCCAAUUCUCUGAAAACUGUCCCAAUGCGGGUUUUUCAGGAUUUGCGGAAUUUGGAGUUUCUCGAUCUUGGCUAUAAUCGAUUGCGAAGCCUCACUCGAAAUGCCUUUGCUGGGCUUCUUAAGCUGAUCGAACUUCAUUUGGAACACAACCAGUUCUCCAAGAUCAACUUCUCUCACUUUCCCCGCCUCACCAACCUGCGGGCACUCUAUUUGCAAUGGAACCGAAUUAAGUCAAUAAGUCAGGGUCUAACCUGGACAUGGACGUCCUUGCAAAAGCUGGACCUUUCUGGAAACGAACUGCAAAUAGUGGAUUCCAGUACGUAUCAAUGUCUCCCCAACCUACAGACCCUGAACUUGGACUCCAACAAGCUUAGCAACAUGUCCCAGGAGACAGUGGAUGCCUGGAUCUCCCUGACCACCAUCAGCCUAGCUGGUAAUGUGUGGUACUGUAGCCCCAGCAUCUGCCCCUUAGUGGCCUGGCUGAGAAACUUCAAAGGGAACAAGGAGACCACUAUGAUUUGUGCUGGGCCUAAGGAGGCCCAGGGAGAAAAAGUGAUCGAUGCAGUAGAAACAUUUAGUAUCUGUAAGGUCACUCCCACCACCCCUUUUGUCUCAACCACAGCCUCCCUCAACACCCCAUCUCAGUCUGAGCUCCUGCCCCUUCCCACUUUGUCCAGGGUUGAUGAGGAGUUGACCCGCAGUGGUACGGCCAUCCCCUCCCCUUCUGGGGCUUCCCCUACCAUCCCAGAGCAGAAUUUUCAGUUUGUAUCCUUCCAUAAGAUUAUUGCUGGCUGUGUGGCACUUUUCCUGUCGGUGACUAUAAUUCUCCUGGUUAUUUAUGUGUCCUGGAAGCGCUAUCCCAGCAGCAUUAAGCAACUCCAGCAGCGCUCCAUGGUCAAAAUGCAGCAGAAAAAGGUGCAGGAAACAGAACGCACCCUCAGCUUGCCUCUGCAAGAGUAUUAUGUGGACUACAAACCUGCAAACUCUGAAACUAUGGAGGUGCUCGUUAAUGGGACUGGACCCUACACAUACACAAUCUCAGGAUCCAGAGAAUGUGAGGUAUGAUGCGUCACCCUCCUAAAAUCCAUUUCCACUGCGAGGCA